GCAGGCCUUCUGCCGUGGCGUCCGAAGACCCGAAAGAGCCAGUGCCCCUCAAUGAACGCCAGCUGGCUGUGAUCGAAGCCUUCCGCCACGCGUGGAAAGGUUACAAGGAAUUUGCCUGGGGCCACGACGAGCUGAAGCCCAUCUCCAAGUCCUUCAGCGAAUGGUUUGGCCUCGGACUGACACUCGUCGAUGCGCUAGACACCAUGUGGAUCUUGGGCUUAAAGGCAGAGUUCAAAGAAGCGCGAGAGUGGGUCUCCCGGGAGCUCAACUUCAACAAAGACGUGGAUGUCAAUCUCUUUGAGAGCGCCAUUCGUAUCCUCGGGGGCCUGCUGAGCACUUACCACUUGUCUGGGGACAGCCUCUUCCUGGAAAAAGCGAAAGAUAUCGGGGGCAGGCUCAUGCCGGCCUUUAACACCCCUUCCAAGAUCCCCUUCUCGGAUGUCAACAUUGGGAAGGGCACAGCCCACCCCCCACGCUGGACCUCUGACAGCACUGUGGCCGAAGUGACCAGCAUCCAGCUGGAAUUCAGGGAGCUCUCGCGCCUGACUGGGGAAGAGAAGUUUAAGAACGCUGUGGACAGGGUGAUGAGACACGUCCACUCCCUCUCUGGGAAGAACGACGGCCUGGUGCCCAUGUUUAUCAACACCAACAGCGGGCAGUUCACCCAUCUCGGGGUCUACACCCUGGGGGCUCGAGCUGACAGCUACUACGAGUAUUUGCUGAAGCAGUGGAUCCAGGGAGGGAAGAAGGAGAACGAGCUCCUGGAAGACUACGUGAAGGCUGUUGAGGGCGUGAAGAUGCACCUGCUCCGGAAAUCCUAUCCCAAAAGGCUGACCUUUGUCGGCGAGCUCGCUCACGGCCGUUUCAGUGCAAAGAUGGAUCACCUGGUCUGCUUCUUGCCUGGAGUCCUGGCCCUCGGAGCGCACAAUGGGCUCCCUGCAGAUCACCUGACGCUGGCAGCGGAGCUGGCGGAAACCUGCUACCAGAUGUACGUGCAGGUAGAGACUGGCCUGAGCCCCGAAAUCGUCCACUUCAACAUGCAUCCACAGAAGGACCGGAAGGACGUGGAAAUUAAGACGGCUGACAGACACAACUUGCUGCGUCCUGAGACGGUGGAGAGCUUCUUCUACCUGUAUCGGUUCACCGGCGAUAAGAAGUACCAGGAUUGGGGUUGGGAGAUCUUGCAGAGUUUCAAUAAAUACACCCGGGUCCCGACUGGCGGCUACACGUCCAUCGACAACGUCCAGAGCCCCAGCCAUCCGGAGCCGAGAGACAAGAUGGAGAGCUUUUUCCUGGGCGAGACUCUCAAGUACUUUUUCUUGCUGUUUUCGGAUGACGUGAACUUGAUCAACCUGGACGAGUACGUCUUCAACACGGAGGCCCACCCGCUCCCCAUCUGGCCAUCGGCAUAA